GUAGCUGUUGUUUUUCCACAGAAAGAGAGACACAUGAGCGCAAGAAUGACGGUGAUCAAUUGGUGCUUCCCCUCUCAAAGGAUUUCCGUGUUUACAUCUCUCGCGACAGCGGCUGCGGGUCCUCAUGGCUUUCAUCAGGCAGAACGAUCGCGUCAAAGAAAGAUUUUCACUGUUGUUGUUGGAUCUGGAGGAACAUUAUUUUGAACAGCACACAGCAUAUAAUCUGACCAUCAGAGGUACAGAGGCAGACAGACGGACCAGUGGCUCACUAAAGAUAUGUUCCAAAUCUGUGAUUUUUGAGCCAGAUGGCACAACAGGGCCUGUUUUAAAGAUUCCUCUAAAAGACUGCAGAGGAAUAGAAACAGUGGAGGAAAAUGAGAGCAACCUAUUUAUAGAAAGUAAACCUGCCUGUAUUCUCAUUGAAACCAAGCUGGUCUAUCUAAUUAAAGAAGGAAACGUGGUUGCUCCAUAUAAAUAUGAAAGGGGAGAAAGAAAAUUCAUAUUCCAACUGGAUGAUUCCAGAAAAACAGAGGAUGUUGUUCAGAUAUUACUGCAGUUACACAGAGCAACCUGUCUUGAUAAACUGGGCGACCAGACAGCUAUGAUUGCAGCUAUCUUGCAGUCCAGACUGGCAAGAACCUGUUUUGAUAAGAACAGUUUUGAGAAUGUAUUCGAGCGGCCACACAUGGAAUGUGUGGCAGAGAUGGUUUCUCCUUUGGUGACAAACGCUGGUCACGUUUGCAUCACUGACCUCAAUCUAUAUUUCCAGCCUAUGAAUGGUUAUCCUGAUGCUGUAGUGCGGAUUGGGUUACACAGCGUUAGAUGGAUCUACAAACGAAGACAUGGACUGAGACCUUUGGGUCUUGAGGUGUUUUGCACAGAGAAUGAUUUGUGCUCGGAUAUCUACCUGAAGUUCUACAAUACUAAAGACAGAGAUGAGCUUUACUACUACAUUGCAACUUUCCUUGAGAAUCAUAUGACUGAACACACAGCAGAGAGCUACAUGCUGCAGUGGCAGAGAGGACAUAUCUCCAACUAUCAGUACCUGCUACAUCUCAACAAUCUGGCAGACCGCAGUGUAAAUGAUCUUUCACAGUAUCCUGUGUUCCCCUGGGUCAUAAGUGACUAUAGCAGCUCACAAUUAGACUUGUUGAAUCCUGCUUCAUUUCGAGAUCUCAGUAAACCAAUUGGAGCUUUGAACACAGAGAGACUGGAGAGAUUACUGGAACGUUACAGAGAUAUGCCCGAACCUCAUUUUAUGUACGGCAGUCAUUACUCAUCGCCUGGAUAUGUGCUUUUCUACCUCGUCAGAGUUGCUCCAGAACACAUGCUGUGCCUGCAGAACGGACGCUUCGACCAUGCGGACAGAAUGUUUAACAGUGUUGGAGAGACAUGGAAGAACUGUUUAGAGGGCGGUACUGAUUUCAAAGAGCUGAUUCCUGAGUUCUACGGGAACGACAGCAGCUUUCUGAAGAAUCUGCAGCAUUUAGAUCUGGGCAGGAGACAGGGAGGCAGGACAGUAGAAAAUGUUGAGCUUCCUCCAUGGUCAUCAGAUGCAGAUGAGUUCUUACAGAAAAUGCGUUCAGCUCUGGAGAGUCAGUAUGUGUCUGAACAUCUGCAUGAGUGGAUUGAUCUAAUCUUUGGAUACAAACAGAGAGGAAGUGAAGCUGUGGCUGCCCAUAAUGUUUUCCACCCAUUAACAUAUGAGGGAGGAGUGGACUGUGAUAGUAUUGAGGACCCUGACCAGAAAAUAGCCAUGCUGACUCAGAUUUUGGAGUUUGGUCAAACGCCACGGCAGCUUUUCACCACUCCUCAUCCUCAGAGAAUCACUCCACGCUUCCACAACCUGUCAGCAACACCCAGCCUCAGCAGCAGUGACUUCUCACCAGUUUCUCCCAGUAUGGAGUCAUUUGAAGACCUCACAGAGGAGAGUAAGAAAAUGGCCUGGAGCAACAUGAACAAACUCACACUGCAGUCCUGCCACAAACUACACAAGGAAGCAGUAACAGACAUUGCUGUGACCCUCAGUGGAGACUUCGUCUUCUCAACAUCUCAAGACUCUACAUUGAAGAUGUUCUCAAAAGAUGGUGCCCUGCAAAGAAGCACAUCCUUCUCCAACAUGGCACUCUCAUCCUGUCUGAUUCUGCCUGAAGAUAAGAUUGUUGUGUGUUCUUCAUGGGACAAUAACGUGUAUUUUUACUCAGUAGCAUAUGGAAGACGACAGGACACGUUGAUGGGUCACGAUGAUGCAGUCAGUCAUAUUUGCUGGAGGGACGACAAACUUUACACAGCAUCCUGGGAUUCCACUGUGAAGAUUUGGGAGUGUGUAGCAGCUGAAAUAUCUGAUAAUAAAAGGACUCCGUUUAAUCUGAUUGCUGAAUUUGAGCAUGAGUCUGGGGUUAAUACUUUAGAUCUCAGUCCAGCUGGCACACUCUUGGCAACGGGCACUAAGGAAGGAACUCUGACUGUCUGGGACAUCACCAGCCCUCUGCCACUCAAUCAGCUCACCUGCCAUUCUGGAAAGAUCCAUCAGGUGGCCUUCAGUCCUGACAGCAGACAUAUUCUAAGUGUUGGUGAGGACUCGUGUUUUGCAGUUACAGAUGUGCAGACAGGCAUGCUCAUUUCUACUGUACAUGCAGAGGAAGAACAGAGGUGUAUGUGCUGGGACGGUAGCACUGUGUUAUCUGGAGGGCUGUCAGGAGAACUCAGUGUGUUGAACCUCCUCAGCAGUAAAGUUAUCCAUAAGAUACCUGCUCACUCAGGUGCAGUUUCUUGUAUGUGGAUGAAUGAGCAGUGCAGCAGUGUCAUUACAGGCGGCGAGGACAAACAGAUUAUUCUGUGGAAACCCCAGUAUUAACACACACACACACACACACACACACACACACACACACACACACACACACUUGUCAAUCAGGUUCUAUAAAUGCAAUUUAUCAGACUGAAGUCUAUUUUCACCAUAUGAUUUCAUGGGUCAAUUUUGAAUGAUGCAGAAAAGCAUGAAAACAAGAUCUCUGUAGUGCCCUUCAUUUAUUUGGUCGAAGUUUUAUUGGAGAGUUUAUGACACCGAUAACAGAGUUUUAAACAGAUACCACCAUCGCAGUAUAAGAACUACCUUUCAUAUUGUAUGAUGUAGUUUUAUAUUAUUAUUUUACCAUUUUUAAUUAAAAAAAAAUUGGAAUGUUUUGGAUGUUUUCACAUAAAAAAAAAAAAUCCAUCAGUAUAAUUACAUCUAUCAAAUGAAUAACUAUAAAUGCAAUGCUCUAAAGGCAAUCACUUCACUAUUAUUAUAAUUUUUUUGAUGAAUAUAAUAACUAAAUAAAAUAAUAAAUUACAAAUUGUAAUGGAUGGCGCUCAAAGUUUACAUAAAAUUCAGAGAUCAACCCGUGGCACCAUUAUUACAGGUGUUUGAAGUAAUAAAGGAGAUAUAUAUAUAUAUAUAAUCAGAAUCCAUUUACCAAUAUUUCGAUACUAUAUAAUAAUAAUAAUGUCACUUAUGUUACCAUGCCAAGUUAUCUGUUGUAAACUGGGUCAAAGAUUUGUUUUGCACCAUGCAUUUGAUUAAAAUUUGGGGUAUUUACAAGUUAUUGCUUAGUUAAGGUUUGAUGUCCAUAAAGUUUGCUGAAAUCAUGCCACUCUGUGCAGUUUUUGAGCCAUAAACAGUUGAUGGAAGUUUUUAAUGUGCCUUAGUUUUUAAUCAUUUGAACUUGAGCAUUACUUUUAACACCCUCGUUUUAAAUAUGCUCAUAUCUUCUGCAAUGAUACAAAAAAAGAUGAAAUGUUAUGUAUUGGAACAGUAAAAUGAAGGUUAGAGUGAAACAUUCUGUAACAUAUUAAGUUAUAAAACUACAUGGUUAUGGAUGCCUUUCUGUAUAUAAAAAUCAUUUUAUAUUCAUGCACUAUUAUUUAAAACAGAAUGACUAGAAAAUGUGUUCUUCAGUGAAGAGCAUUUUGUGUGUUAUGUAUUAUUCUUUAAAAUGUUCAAAUAGAGAGUAAGUCAAUCUGGCAAGUUAUGCAAUAUUCUGUAAUCCCUCAAAAAGCAUAUUAAAUAGUGACUACAUGAAAAAGUUGCAUUUUGUACAUUUGUUAUGCCAGUCUUAAGGUAUGUUUCAAUGUUUAUUACUACUAUGGAAAUCUUAUCCAUUCUGUAUGUUUCUGGGUUUUGAUGUGUGUAAUUUAUCUUUUUUGUAUUCUCCAUAUUUACAUAUCAGUUUCAAUCUAUUUUUAUUUUUCCUCAAUGGGGAAAAUGCUGGAAUUCCAAGUUUGCAAUGCACUGUUGUUCUUUACCUGUAGGUUAUACUGACCAAUUAUUUCCUUUAAAACA